UUGGCUGAAGCGUAGCUUCGCCCUGGCCACCAAUAGGAGAGCGCACGCAGAAUCCGCUCAUUUGCAUGAUCUCGUCCCCCUCCGCAGGAGCACCGCUGAAAACUCGCCAAUGGCAAGCCGGCGUACUCACAACCUUCAUUUGCAUGCGGCCUCUAUAAGUACCGAGGCGCUUCCGGUAGCCUCGGUCCUGCUUGGCGUGUUUGCGUGGUCGGUCUGCUCUUGUCCCCGCUAUUUCCUGCUAUGCCGGAGCCGGCCAAGUCCGCCCCGGCGCCCAAGAAGGGUUCGAAGAAGGCGGUCACCAAGGCCCAGAAGAAGGAUGGCAAGAAGCGCAAGCGCAGCCGCAAGGAGAGUUACUCCAUCUACGUGUACAAGGUGCUGAAGCAGGUGCACCCCGACACCGGCAUCUCGUCUAAGGCCAUGGGCAUCAUGAACUCUUUCGUCAACGACAUCUUCGAGCGCAUCGCCGGCGAGGCCUCCCGCCUGGCGCAUUACAACAAGCGCUCCACCAUCACGUCCCGGGAGAUCCAGACGGCCGUGCGCCUGCUGCUGCCCGGGGAGCUGGCCAAGCACGCCGUGUCCGAGGGCACCAAGGCCGUCACCAAGUACACCAGCUCCAAGUGAGUCCCUGCCGGGACGCGGCGCUCCUACGAGCGGACGCCCGCUUGACCCCCCAAAGGCUCUUUUCAGAGCCACCCACCUUCUCAGUGAAAGAGGCUGUCGUCUCGGUCCCGUCCCCCACC